AUGAGUGCGGCGGUGACAGACCCAGCGCUGGCUGCUAUCCUCCAGCGCCGCCGGCUCCUCUCUGAACCACAGCUUGCCCAGGUGACCACUUGGUCGGAAGAGCACACUUUGACGGAAGAUGCUGGCGCGGAAUCAAGCAGUCAGCAGCAUCAUUCGAUGCUCAUACGCCCCGGCAUUGUCCAGGAAGCGUUGACCGCUAUCCAGGAGAGGCCCGCGGGGCCAACGAAGCCCACAGAUCCAGUGCAAUGCUUCGACAUGGCGACAGAUUCAGAAUCGGAGGAAGAAAGCUCCGCCUCCGACAGUGGUUUGGACCCAGGCCACAUGCCCGCGCAAAGCUCUGAGUCGACGUGCAUCGGUGACGAGGACAUCUCAUCAUGCGGCGAAAGGCCGCGGACCCGUGUUGCUGCCGAUGCGCUGCAGGAUUCCACCCUGGCCGGCGAAGUUCGUGCAGCUGAAUUGAUGACUGGCCUGACUCGAGCAGCGACCGUUGCAGAGCUGCGGCUAGCAGUGCAGCAGAGGAUUUCUUCGGAGGAGAACGUCACACUGCUUACUGCAUCUGGCGGUGCAUAUGUGCCACUGCUUGACGACGAAGUCAUCGGCGGCCUAUUCGAAGAUGUUGAGGAUGUGGUGAUUCAAGGGCAUGUCUUCGUGCUGUCUGGGGCCAGAUCUGGGUCAGAGGCGACAAGGCCAAGCAUCUUGGAGGCGGAAAAUGCCCAACUCCGGGCGCAGAUCGCCGUGCUGGAGAGAAGAUUGGCGGAAUCGGAAUUUGCCCAGAGCGACCGACAGGUACAAGAACAGGCAGACAAUUCUGUGCAGCUUGUGCCCGAGCCGAUUCCGGAUCAUAUGCUGGAAACAGAGAAGGGGCAAGAAGAAGGUGAACUUCCUCUUGCGAACGACGACGUCGCUGAGGCCGAGACGGCAGUUCCAACGACUUCAGCUGAGCUCCCCGAGGCCGGACACUGCCAAGCGGCCGCCGAAGCUCCCGAAGUACCUGAUGUUGCGCAGACUCCGGAGCCAGCAAGCGAUGCUUCGGCUGCUACUCCUGGUUUCCAGCCUGGAAAAAGCGACGGGCCUUCGAAGUGUGCCGGAGGUGCGGCCACCAUCCUCGUUUCGUUGCUGUCCAUGCAGUCUCCGGAUCAGCCGGCCAUGAAGCUGGAAAUGACCUCGAAGUCAACAAUCGCCGAGCUCAGAGCUGAAGUGAUGCGCGCCUUCUUGAUUGAUGAGCGCAAUGCCCGCCGAUUGCGCUUCCUGCGCAAGCGUGGAACUUGCUACGUGUCCUUCAAGGAGGCGGAACGAGUUCGGGAGAAGAUCUUCCUGCAUGACCCUGACAUCCGAGCUUUGUCAGGCCCCAAACUUCGUGUCGCCGAGAGUGUUGGUGGUAGCCAGAUCGUCGGCCAGAACAGCGUUGGCUUGGAGCACAACUUGCCCUUAGGGUUGGACGAGAACAUUCGCAGCUUCAUCUUCCACACUUUUGCGCGGAUGAGCACAGAAGAGCGUAAUGCUUGGAACGCUCUGCCCAAGUUCGUAAUCUGGACAAUGUGGUUUGACAUCAUGUCCAGCCCUUUGUUCCAGAAGUGCCUCGACCCAGUGUUCCGCAAGAGCGUUUUUGGCCUUGACUUUGACCAGAAGGCGCCAAUGCAGGUUGCGAAGGACGACAAAGUCCUCAAAGAGUACGCCUUCCACAAGAAGCAGCUGAUUUCCGUUUGGUUCCAGGACGAGCCUGCAAGGCCGACACCUGACGAGGAGAGCUGCAAGCAAGCGGCGCAGGCGGUUCGGCAGGAGCACCACGUACUUGAUGAUGGCGGGCUUUUCGAUUUCGAUGCACUUGACGAAGUUGAGCUGGCCGGGCUCCGGGUCUGGAGGGAUGCUCACUGCCUUCAAGUCUGCAACGGCAGGCAGACUGAUCGUGUCGUGGCGGCGCUUGAGAUAGUGUCAGAUCCGGUCAAAGCCCACUCGAGCACUGCUGUCACGGAGGCAGAAGCUUUUCGAGUCGAUUUUCCUUCCUCCAGGGAAGAUCAUGUGUCGGAGGCUAAUUCCCUUCGCCCCGACGUUGGUCUCGCUCUCGCUGCCAGAUUCCCAGCCAUGACACAGCCAUUGGUGGCGCAGCUCUAUGUUUGGUAUGAAGCUCUUAAGCUCGUCAUGAGAUACACCACGGACAACCGUCAGCUGCGGCGACAGUUUCUGGUUCUGGGCCUUGCAUCGGUGGUGCGAACUGGCACCCUCGUGGCGAAGAUGCGAAUGAAUGAGAUGCAGGUCUACUACCAAAAUUCUGGCCAGCUCAGAAAGUGGAUCCGAUCCAUGAUCGAUGGCAUCCUGGCCUGUGCUGUUAUUGCCGGGCUUACCAGCUGGCACUCCUAUGCCGAGAAGGCCUUGGCGCGGAUGUGGAGGCAGGCGCUCACCACCCGACUGCACCAGCUUUACUUCGCCAGCUCGCACUUCUACCAGAUCGCGCAGGGCGGGGAAGCGGAAGGCGCAGUCGUCGAUGCAGACGUGCGGCUGACGAGUGAUGUUCCAGCUUUGGCAUCGAGUGUUUCGAGCCUACUCUCCCAAAUGCUGGGAGGAGUUGUUGACGUGAUAGCCUUUUCGGUGAUUCUGGCAAGGCAGGGUCGACGAGGCGUCCUCUUCGCCGUGGCCACGCAGAUCUACGGCAUCUCCCUCUACAUCACUGCCAACUACAUCAUGCCGGUGGAUUGGGCUGGACUGCUGGGUGGUGCCGCUGCGACAGACUCAGCAUUGAAGCAGAGUCUGAGCCGCGCAGAGACGCAUGCGCAGGCAAUCUGUGCGAUGCAAGGAGGGCCUCCAGAGCUGCGCGACUUCAAUGGCAAGCUUUUGGCCGCACUGGCCGCGAAGUGGCGAGCCUAUGUAGGUCAGGACAGGCUGGACACCGUGCUGUACUACUUCAUCUUCUCUUGUCUGGAGCAGUCACCACUGGGCUGGCUGACCUAUCUGUGGGGAGUUUCGAGCCUGAUGGCUGGCCGAUCGGUACGUGUGGGCAAUGAAGCCAGCCGCGUUUUGGGCUACACGGAGCGCAGUCCUGUGGUGGCUGAAGGCUACAGCCGGGGCAUCCAGCUCUUCUGGGGUGGCAACUUCCUCCUCUGGGCUACUUUUCGAAUUGUCUUCGCUUUACAUCAGGUGUUGCAGAACUACGCAGCCAUCAUGCGGAUUCAGCACUUGGAAAAGAAGCUUGUGGCCACUGCCAAGCCGCCACUUCGAGUCAACGUCUCGACAGAAGACCGCAUUGAGUUCAAGGAUGUCUCCAUCCAUACACCAAGCAACGCGCUGUUGGUCGACCGGUUGUCCUUCUCCGUCCGCUGGGGUGAGGCCUUGCUUCUCACUGGCCACAACGGUGCAGGCAAAAGUUCCAUUUUCCGUUGUCUGGGCGGUCUCUGGCUGAUCCAGAAUGGCAGCAUCGUACGUCCCCGCAACCACAUGGAAAACGACGAUGACGAAAUCGGUUUGACCGGCGUGGUGUACUACCUUCCGCAGAGGCCAUACAAUGCGCUGGGCACGCUCAUGGACCAGUUCUGCUACCCGGAUCCAGUGCCGGACACUUUGACCGAGAAAGAACUGCGGAGAUGGCUCGACUUCGUAGACCUCGGACACCUCGCCGACUAUCCAGGCGUAUUUUCCGAGCAGAUCGACUGGGAGCAGGUCUUGUCGCGGGGCGAGCAGCAGCGACUUGCGAUACUGCGCCUGUUCUGGAGGCGGCCCAAGUUCGCCGUGCUCGAUGAGUGCACAUCUGCAGUGAGCGGCGAAAUGGAGCGACGCCUUUUCGAACUGUGCCCCAAACUGGGGAUUUCGUGCAUCACCAUCGCACACAGACCAGCUCUGCUUCAGUACCAUCAGCAACAGCUGAUGCUAACGGGAAAGCCCAGCGAAGAUGGAGGCUGGAGUCUGAAAAAGAUUGACGGCGGCCCGACAACUUUCGACCCAGAAGCAAGCAAAAACAUUGAUGCUGCUGGCCUUAUCGAGAGCUACAUGGCUGGGCGUGCGAUCAAGCUCUCGGAGGCACGCAAGACCGAGUGUGCUGAGAUUGUCCAAGAGCGAUCGCGCAAGUUCGAGGAGUGCAGCACGCGCUCGCUGCUGCCGCAGGAAAAGCAGACCAGGAUCUACCAUCCUGCCCUGUUCACUGGACUGCGGCAGCCUGCUGCGGUUGGGCGAUUGGCAGCUCUUGCGCUUUGCCUUGUGGUGCGCUGUCCACUGCUGGUGGCAGCCUGGAGGUCUGUUGGAGAGAUCAUAGUGAGUGCGCUGUCCGGUGAUGUGGCAUUCAUUCGCCGUGCCUUCUGGAAGAAUAUGAAACUGUCGAUGUUGACGCUGCUGCUGGAUCGGCUCAUCAAGCGUCUCUCGCAGCGGCUGGCCAUGUUGCUGCAAGAAGGACUCUCCUUGAAAGUCCACGAGCUCUUGCUGAGGAAGCAUGCCAUCCACCACGGAAUGGCAUGGCAGCUGCCGGCAAUUUGGCCCCCUGCAGCGCGGACGUCCGAGGUCGCUGGAUUCGGAGAUGCAUUACUUGGCUUCAUGGAGUCGUCCCUGAAGCCUUGCGUGCUCGCCUUUUACGGGGCAGCGCUAUCGCUGUUCACUGGAGGUUGGAGAGUUCUCGUGCUGUACUUGCUGAACAUGCCACUUCACGGCCUGAUUUCUCGCUACGUGAUGCCAAACUACGCCGUCCACAUGGGUGGGCUAGCGGACAAGGAGGCCAAGUUCAAGACUGUUCAUGCACGCUUCCGUCAAAAUUUGGAGCCCAUUGCUUUCUCCGGGGGCGGCCGGGCAGAACAACGAAUCAUCGAGGAGCGCUUUGACGAUGUAAUCAAGACGCAGCAAGCACUGGACAACGAAGAUAUCGUUUACCAGGCUGCGACAGACUUCCUCACGAACGGAAGCUUGCUGCCUCUUUCUUUCAUGCGAAUCUUGUCCAUGUACUACACCAUGAAGAACUCCUCAGCAGUCAGCCAGGGUGCCAUAUCUCCUGCAGAGCUAUAUGGCAUGUGGGCGUUUGAUCGUGGAACCACAUUGGCCUUCAACAACAUGUCUGCAGUUUGCAGGUUGCCUGAAAGGCUUACCGGCCUACAUUUCACUUUGGCCCGUAUUUCCGAAUUCCUGAAUGGCCUGGAGCAAGCUGAGCGCUUGGCCCCAAACGUUGCCACGGCACAAAACAUCGCAGCCGAGCCGGUUCUCAAAGUGCGCGACCUGGACAUCUUGACCCCGGGCAAGGAUGAAGUCUUGGCACUGCGCGUGGGCUUUGAAGUGAAGCCUGGAAAUCCCGUGGUCAUUACCGGGCCUAAUGCUUCAGGAAAGUCUUUGCUUGCAGGCCACCUUGCGGGACUUCGUGCUCCAAGUACGGUGAAUGCCUCCGUGACCUUUUGCGGCUCUUCCGUCUUCCGCACUCGGCCGUUUCUCCGCGACCUGCUGCUAAUCCCCCAGAAACCGUAUUUGGCUCCAGGAGGGCUCGGGGAUCAGGUGUCCUACCCCCUCAGUGGUGCGGAGCAAGAUCCGAAGAAGUUGCAGCAAGCUUUGGACGUAGUCGGUAUUGGAUACCUAGUUGAUCGUCAUGGGGGCCUUUUUGCUACACCAGGGUUGCAGUGGGACGAGAUCUUGUCCGGUGGUGAGCAACAGCGAAUAGGCAUCGCUCGUUGCCUUUUCCACUUCCCACGGCUUGCCAUCCUUGAUGAGUGUACCUCCAUGGUUUCCCAGGACACCGAAGUCCAGCUUUACAAAGCCAUCGCCGAAGCAGGUUGUGCAGCUUGGCGGAAAAUGCAAGUCGGCACGAUCACGAGACUGACACCCCAGCCUCCACGCGAGAGCCGCUCUGCAAAGGUGCCAAUUACCAUCUCUCAGCGCCUCACGCUGCUCGAUUCAUUUGAGCAGUCGGUACGUUCAUACAGUCAGUUCCUGGCAGGGCACAGCGGCACAGCGCUCUGCCACUUUGCCUUUGCCAGGCUACCGGAGCUCCACGAGCAGGAGCUGCAGCUGGGUUGUGACAGCCUGGCGGGAAGGGCCUGGUUGAUGGGACCUCGGCCAUUCGCUCGGGUCGUGUUUCUGGAUGUGGAUGGCGUCCUGAACUCGGCGGCCGAAGUGGCUGCAGGUUGCGACUACGUCCCUGUUCUGACCGGUGGCUUAUGGCUUGAGAGGAACCUGAUCCUAAGACUGCGGGAUCUGUUGCACUGCGGCCAGGCUCACAUUGUGAUCUCUUCAAGCUGGCGGCGGGAAGAUGCCGCUGUCAAGGCGCUGAAGGGAGCGUGUGCAGACGCUGGCAUUGCAUCAUGGCGCUUCAUUGGUCAAACUCCCGAGAUGAAGGCAUCGGCACGAACAGCUGCAGGUAGAAGAGUGGCAGAGAUUCUCCACUGGUUGGCUUGGCAUCGAGUUCAGCUUGGCGUGCAGCAGUGGGUGGCGCUGGACGACAUGGAUCUCGCUGGUAUCUGUCCUCCCCACCUCCGGCUGCACAUGAUUCGGACAGACGUUCAUGUGGGUCUACAGCCAGAACAGGUGAAGGGAGCGCUUUCGGUGCUGGGAUGUGGCCAAAGAAUUUGCCCGGCAGUGUCGAGAGCCUUGGGACCGCCCAAAGGUAUUGUUCUGGACAUCGACGGCACCCUCAUAGACUCGUUGAAUGUGUGUCGACCCUGGGGCUCGUUCGUGGCUUUUUCGGAGCCCACCCACGUGCACGAGGAGCACAUCGCUGUCUUUGCACGCCCAAACUUGCAGAAGUUCUUGGACUUCUGCUUCGAGCGCUUUGCGGGGGUGGCAGUUUGGACAGCAUCUGAUGCCAGCUGGUGCGAUAUGGUUGUGGCGGAGGUGCUGUCGCGGCAUCGAAACUGGUGCUUCUGCUGGUCUCAGAAGCGCUGCAGCGAGCAUCAGCGCGACCGUGAUGGCACAGAACUCCCUCCGACCUGCAAACGACUUCGCAAAGUGUGGAAGUCGGGAGCAAGGCGGCGGAGUGGCUUCUGCCGGGAAACUACCGUGAUUGUGGAGGACACCGCCGUCAACUGCUUGUACAACCGGGGCAAUGCUGUCAUUGUGCCGACUUUCGAUGCUUCGGAGGCUACUGCGGCAACGGACGAUGACCUUCACAAGCUGAUGCAGUACCUGGAGGUUGAGGUCCUCCCUGCUACGGAUGUGCGCCGCCGACAGCCGUGGCAUCCUGCCGGAGGGCGAAGCCCUGAAGCUUCAGGUGCUUCAGCCUUUCGGCCGCCGGAACGCCACAUCCAGGGCUGA